GUUUGCAGGCAAUGUAAUUGACAAGGCUUGCAGUGGUGAAAUAAACACGCUUCAGCCAAGGCUCAGCUUUUAUUGCACAAUUGUGACUCUUUUGACGCAUCGCCCGUAGCGCGCAUAGACCUGAUUUCAAUUACCUUCACCCGAUUAAUUAAUCCGUGUGAAAUUAUGUCCCGAUCGGCGCAGAUCCAGCCGGCAAGAUGAUGAUUUCACCGAGGAGAGGCUCAGAUCGUGUACCCGACUCGGUGGUCCUGGUGAUCUUGGUGGUCGCCGCUUCUCUUGGUACCGUUUUCGCCAAGGAUACUGCCUUUGUGGAAGUGGUUCUGUUCGAGUCCAGUCCCAAUGGAGAUUAUACUACUUACACGACUGGCUUGCAAGGACGGUUCUCCAAAGCAGGAGCCACUAUCAGCGCGGAGGGGGAGAUCGUUCAAAUGCAUCCUUUGGGAUUAUGUAACAAUAACGAUGAGGAGGACCUAUAUGAGUACGGCUGGGUCGGAGUGGUGAAACUGGAGCAACCAGAGCUGGACCCCAGUUGUCUCACCGUACUGGGAAAGGCAAAGAGAGCAGUGCAGAGAGGAGCCACGGCCGUCAUCUUUGAUGUGUCAGAAAAUCCAGAUGCCAUCGAUCAGCUGAAUCAGGUUGCCGAGGACCCCCUGAAGCGGCCGGUUGUGUACGUGAAGGGCAACGACGCUGUUAAGUUGAUGAACAUCGUCAACAAGCAGAAAGUGGCUCGGGCUCGGAUACAACACAGACCACCGAGGCAGCCCACGGAAUAUUUUGACAUGGGCAUCUUCUUGGCUUUCUUCGUGGUCGUGUCGCUGGUUUGCCUCAUUCUGCUCAUCAAGAUCAAACUCAAGCAAAGGAGAAGCCAGAGCUCGAUGAACAGAAUGGCCAUCCAGGCUUUGGAAAAAAUGGAAACACGCAAGUUCAAGGCCAAAGGAAAAGCCCAGCGCGAGAGCAGCUGCGGAGCCUCUGAUUCACUGAGCAGCAGCUCCACCUCUGACUGCGCCAUCUGUCUGGAGAAGUACAUUGAUGGGGAGGAGCUGCGGGUUAUCCCCUGUGCACACAGAUUCCAUAAAAAAUGUGUCGAUCCCUGGCUGCUCCAGCAUCACACCUGUCCCCACUGUAGACACAACAUCAUCGAGCAAAAGAAGGGAAAUCCAGGACCAGCAUGCAUGGACCCUGGCAACCCAGUCCACGGCCGGCAGCAGAGGGUGGUGCUGCCAGUCCAUUAUCCUGGCAGGGUGCACCGUGCAGGCCAGGUGACAGCCUACCCAACCAGAACAAGCAUGGACCCCCACGGCAACCCCAUCACUGUGCUCACUGUGGACCAGCACCCAGAUCCUCAAGGUUUGUACCCACCCCAAUCAACGUCUGCCUUCCUCCGGAGCUACCACCCCACCCUCCAUCUGGACCACUCACUCAACCCCCACCACUGCGGACUGGAGCACCGUGGACCCCCUGCCUACCAAGCACAACCACAUCACCCUGCUUUUAAACGACCCAAAUUCCACGGGCGCAACUUCUCCCGAGCAGCCUGCUUCUCGCAGUACGAGACUAUGUACCAGCACUACUAUUUUCAGGGGUUGACUUUCCCUCAGCAACCUGAGGGUGGCCAAGGGUCUGCAAUGGCAGGACAGCUCGGCGGUGGAGGAGCUCAUAAGGGCCACCACAGCAGGGCCUUCCAGCAGGGGCUGUUAUACCCCACAGUGGUACACAUGGCACCUGCCUCUUCUUCAAGGAUAGGUGAUACCGGCAGCACUUCUGGCCUGAGCUGUUACCAUGGCCACCGCUCAGUGUGCAGCGGUUACCUCGCUGACUGCCCUGGUAGUGACAGCAGCAGCAGCAGCUCAGGCCAGUGUCACUGUUCCUCCAGUGACUCCAUGUUGGACUGUACUGAGGUCAGCAACCAGGGGGUGUACGGUAGCUGCUCUACUUUCCGCAGCUCGCUGAGCAGUGACUACGAUCCUUACGUCUACCGAAGUAAGAGCCCAUGUAGGGGCUCUGCAGGGGAAGCAGGGGCUGCGGCUUGCACCUCAGUUCCUGCCGAGGACUCAUCAUCCCCUGCUCCCUUGGGACAUGACUGCCUCCAGCUUCCUCCUGGGGCUUCGGGAUAUAACUCGGGGGACCACCUCUCCAACUGCAGCUUGGAGCCCAACUACAGCAGUCGCUCAUCACUGGAACCCAGGGAGAACAGCAACACUAGCACUACCUCAGGCGGGGCUCUAGAGGCUACCGGAGCAGACAGGGGGAAGGGGGCGCAAGACGAGUCAGGGGAGCUUGGGGCUGCAGCCUGUAGCUGCUGCUUCGAGGUGCUUCCUCCCAAUGUGGAGUGCAAGGGGCAGGACUUGGACCAAGCUGGGCCUCUGGCCUCAGGACACUGUCACAGGGGGAUGGAAUUUCAGAGCUCCACCUCCAAGAACUACUUUGCUUCUGAGCACAUGUGCCCUUCCUCGGAGCAGGUAAGCUACGAAGGGCUGCCUUGCUGUUUCUACAAAGAGAUGAAGGUCCACAGGGCCACAGCAGGGCGCUACACAGAGGACUACGCUGUUAAUGUGCAGUAUGCGCAUGCAGACUCAGAGGCCUGUUCUGGACAGGCCUGCUGCGAACUCAACCAGAGAAUACCCAUAAUUCCUGAGGACACAGAUUGUGAAAUGGGCACAGGGGCAGAGACCCAGAGCAGUUUAUUGCCUGUCAGUGUGACAGUGGAGGCAGAGGUGCGGACAGGGGAGCGACAUGAGCCCAGGGAGGGGUACUUCACCUCAGGACAGUUCAGAGGUCAGCCAUACCCUCAGGAGGAGGAGACCAGGGCUUUGUUUCACCCUCAGCUCUCUGCAAGCCCUAAUGCAUUGGGAAGCAGUAAAACAAAUGAUGGAGGUCUGGGUAUAUGAACUUGAGUCCAGUCAAAAGUAUGUAUUUGGUACCGUAUCAGUCAGUCAGUCAAUCAUUGAAACCCUCAGUUGCCUUGUUCUAACUGUGCUCUCUGAGCGCUGAAUGUUUUCAUCUUAGAUUGUGUGGAUUUCUACUGAAAUGGCCUGUUAUUUCUAGAUAUACAGUGUAUCAAGUUCAUUCCUGUGGCCACGAAUGUCUCAGAAAUUAGAGUGGUUGGUAAUGGCAUCUAUUUGCAGACUGCUGCCAUCAAGGGUUAGGCCCCUUCAAUGCUAUGAAAUUGGGCCCAUUUCUUAUGAGAUUUUUCAGACUUUGUCAAGAACAAAACAUCUAGACUCCAUCUUCUGUGUAAGAUCUAGGAAUACAGGAGUAUUUGUUUUCCUAAAAAUUAAAAAAAAGUAUACUCUUAAUUCACAAACAUCUACAUGUAUACAUUUUGUAUAUGUGCGCACAUGAACACUGACUGCCUAUAAAGCUUCAACCACCAACUCAAAUAGGUUGUACGGACAUAGCUAUACCAAAACAGAAAGACAUGAUUGUUUUUUUUUUUCUUCCUUUUUUUUUUUUUUUUUUUCAAGAGCAGGGAAAUGGGUCUAAGUGUCUGUGACCCACACAUUUCUCUGAGGAGAAGAAGCUAUAUAUUACAGAAAAAAAUGCAUAGAAAUGUGAAUGCAAGGCUGACACUGGUCUCUAUUCAAUAUGAUACAGAAUUUGUUUUAUGCAUUGCAUUUCUGUCCAGUAGUGGCCUACCUGUAUGAGAUGUGCCAGAGCAACAUGAAAGCCUUACGCUGGUAAGCUAUUUGUAGCAAUAUCUAAAGACACUGCACCACUUUUGGUCGAAUCCCAGACUUAAAGUGAAGGUGUCUCGGGGUCAGUAGAUUUCUUCAGAGGUAGAGUGCAGCACUCUACCUCUUGUUUGGAAGCCCUUAAAACGUGUAUUUUUGCUGUCACUUACCCGAUUUCCUCCAUGAGGCAUGCUCUAAUAAAUAUCUAUGGUUCUUAAGAUUCUAGCAUGUAUCAAAAGGCCAAAGGAAAGUAGCUGGAAAAGACUCAUAUUUCAUAAGGGUUCCUUAUUGUACUGUGACUUUUUUUUUUUUUUUU